UUUUUAUUAUUAAUUAACGAUUCAAUGUCGCAAUCCUUAAUUUUUCGCAACCUACUGUCGUAAGGAUGUAAUCUGAAAAGGUCACUAAACGAAUCUUUUAGUUAAAUGAUUAAUCUCCUAGUCCACACGUAGUUUCCCAUUUAAAAUGUAUUUUGGAUAAAAUCUCGUAUUUCUAGCUUUCUAGCAUUGAGGUAAAAAUAAGUCUGUUUUCACGUUGCUUUGGUAACGGUUGUAGGCGUGCAGUCACCAAUAAAGGAGUCAUACUGUGUCUAGGCUUUAUUUUUCAACUCCUUCAAUGUUAAGUUUAGUCUUUGGUUGCAUUUGUCGAUGUAAUUGUGAAACUCCAGUUCACGAUUUUGUUUACUUUUCGAUAAUCACCGGAUGGGUUUGAUUUCUGUAUUAUCGUAAAGAUAAAACGCUUUAUUUUCAGUACAUUGCUUAUUUUAAACACCUUGUACCUAUUGUAAUUCUGGUAUUUUAAGCAUAUUGGCUAUUCUGUUACUUGAGAAUGAAGAGGACUCAAGAGAUCAACAGCAUGUGCUAGCAUGAACAAGAAAAUGACUGAACACACAUACUCUUUUGACAGGCAUCACACAACAUCUCCAGCUGGGGAAACUACCUCAGACACUAAUGUCAUACUUGUCCCACAGCUGGAAACAGUUUUCAGCAGAGCAGCCAGGAUCAUCCAGCGAGCGUGGAGGACACAUGUUGAUACUGCUGUUUUCAAGCACCUCAAGAAACUAGUGAGUUUUCAUAAUCAAGGGGAUCCACGUCUCCUUCUUAGAUUUAUUAACCCGGCAGAGGCUAAUAUUCUGGAUGCUGCUUCAGGGGCACUUAUCCGAUUCAGACUGGGUGGGCCAACCUAUCCUCCAAACAUCUACUUUAAAAUAUACACUCGUGCACCCAUAGUGGAUAUGUGUGCCUCCAGUCCUAAAGAUUACACACAGCUAAAGAAACCUGCUCCAAGCCAGAUUCAUAAUGGCCGACUGAUGAGCAAUGACAGGGAGGAUCACUCUGGGUGGUACCAGCGGGUAGAGAACAAUGGCUGGCGGAUUUUGUCUUGCAAGAUUUCUGUGUUUGAAGACCCAAUAACUCAAGAAACCAAUGUUAAGAAGAUACAAUUCCAUCACUUCAAAAUCCGUCGGCGACAAGAUUUUGCAAGAAAAAAGAAGAUUCGGAAAAUUGAAUGGAUGAGAAAAAUGCAUGCUGAGGGUCUCCUGCAUGCUCAUACAGAACACGACGAAACAGCUCUGCUGGUGCAAGAAUCCACAGAGUUGAUGGAUUCCUUUGAACAGAUUGGAGCAGAUUCAGUUUCUGAGCAGGAAGUAGAUGAGCUGCUGGAAUGGACCAAAGCUCUCAAUUUUGAUGAGUAUAUCAAUGAAUGGAGGAAUUUGGGUACCAGCAAAUGCUGCAUAUUUAUCAAAGGUAAGACUUUGGGGUUUUCCCUAACUCAUCUUUAUUUAGGAAAUAAACACUUUUGUUGCGUUGUAGCGCCCUCUACUGGUCAAAAUGGUCAGGAUCCAGUGGUUCAGUCCAGUGGUGAGCCAACAUCUGGAUCACACCUGAGGCUGGAAUGUAUCAUGCAGCACUAA